UUUCUACCCUUACACUCCAAAAUUCAUCCUUAUGCUAAAAGCCCUAAUUUCUUUUAAUCCCUAAUUAUGAUUUUGGGUAAACUGGAAAACUUGUGUGAUUUUGGGUAAACUGGAAAACUUGUGUGACUAUGUAAUUAUUUGGAGGUCUCCUUCUCCGUUAAUCGAUUUUGUAACCGCUAUGGUUUUUUUUAAAAAUCAGCUGAAAUUCUAUUGGUUUUUGCUUUAAAAUUGAUGGGUUUAACGCUAUUACUGAUGUUGAUCUUUUCUUUUUUUGGACAUAACAUUUUGGAUUGGUUUGAAAAUUGAAAUUAAGGCUUGCCGUAGAAGUUGUUCAAACACCUGAUUUUGAGGAAGAAGAGGAUAUAAGUAGAAGGAGAAGAGGGGGAAAGGCGAAAGGGAAGGGGAAAGAAAGGGAGGGAGGGGGCUCACGUCAGAUUUGUUGAAUUAAAACAAAAGCAUUUAAAACAGAGAAAGAAGCUUGAUACCUGCUCUCUGUUCUACAACUAUAAAAGAAGAGAUACUGAUGUGAUUAAUAGAAUCAAAAACUAAUGUGGUAAAUUUCUGAAUAUUGUAUGUAUUUUGAAGAAGAUGAAAUGUUUAUCGAGAUGCCUACCGAUAAAAAAACCAUUGCGCCAAGCUGGCUCUUCCAGAAGAGGAAGCGAUAGUAUUCAGCAGAAAGAGCUUCUAAAAUCAAUCUCAGGAGACAUGAUGUGUAUGCAAAUCAGUCAGCUGAUAAAAAAGAAAUGCUUUUAGCACAACGACGAUAAAAAAAUAUUGAGUCGACAAGCCAAGGUCUCUUGGUUGAACAUACUGAAGUAGCAUCAUCUUCUGAGGCUGCUACUGAGUUAUCUGGACAGAGAAUACUAAAAAUAGAGGAAUCGUGUUGCCUUCCUGAAAAAGGUUCGAUUGCUGGGCCAGUAGCUGGUUGUGACAAAGGAAAAAAUAUUAGCGAUCACUUCUCCGUUUUUGAACAUGGCUCCAGCUCUGGUGCACCCUAUGAACAACAUCAUGCAGAGACAUCUAUCGUCACAAACAAAGAUUAAGAGAAAUAAGGAGAGGUUCUCGGUGAUGAGAGUUAAGUUACGGUGGAGCAAACUGUGCUUGACAAUGUUAUGGGUAGCUCAUAUUGCAAGUUACCAAUUGGAGGUAUAUGAAGUGGCAAUGAGGAGGAACACUAUAUGUGUAUUGGAAACUGGGGCUGGAAAGACAUAUAUAGCAGUGAUGAUGAUCAGAGAAAUUAGUAAAACAUUGAAGACUGGUGAUGAGAAGAAAUUUAUUGUAUUCUUGGCACCUACUGUUCAUCUUGUUCAUCAGAAUCAGAUAUUUGGAUUUGGAGGAACAGAAACAGCUACGUAUAAGCUGAGCCGUUCAUCCUUCGGACAAGCUCUACUUGAUAUUUUUCUCGAACUGAAUAGUCGUGGGAUUAAAAUCGGAAAGGAAGGAUCAAAAGAUCAAUCGCCUUCACACCCUAGACUUGACAAACAAGAAAUUGCUGUUAUAACGGAGGAGAUGCAAACAAAGAUAGAGAAACUUCAAGAUGACAUAAAUAGCAUAAAGCAGCAAGAUGAAGUGUCAGCCAAGUGUGCCAAUGGAUUACAUUCCCUUGAGUUCUUAGAUAAGGCUAUCAAGAGUUCAAUGCCUGCAAAAUGUUCCACUUCUGUAAUUUUUAUGUAAUUUGCACUGCACCUGUAUGAUGCAUGUAUUAAUAUCUAUAUAAAAGUUUAUUAACGUUAUGCUCUGUGCUUCUUUCUAAAA